AUUACCAGCAUGUACAUGUAUUAUGCCUACCAACAUCGAUUUUGUUUUGCAAAUUUUAUUGGGUGUACAUGUCUUUUACUGGGUCCGCGCCUUGACUCGAUUUGAGUCUGUAUAUGGUCUUGGUGGCUAAUUAGCCAACCACAUACCGCAGCCAGACCAUGGCAGCAACCCCUGUGUGGAUUGGUCAGUAAGCACACCUAUAUUAACUCGUGUUGUGCCAAUCGAAGGUGUCACCCUGCCUAGUGUGGUUCCUUAUCUGACACCAACUCACAACUCGGCAUGAAACAACUGAUUUUUAUAGUUUCCUGUAGAUCAAUAUGAAAGUGUUUUCCUCGCAAAAGGGGAAAAAAGAAGAGAUACUGAAAUUUAGUGCCUAUAGUGUUCUUCUGGACCCAGACCCUAGACCACCCCACUCAGGUUGGAGCCUCCGGCACUGGCUCUGCCUUUUUUUACUGUUCUUUUAGACCUGAUGCUGAAUGACUAAUUGACUAUUCUCGUUUUGAUAUUCUGUAACGUCUUCGCGUUUUAUCUUGAGGUUUGUGGAUACAGAGAAGCAUGGUGACUCAUUAGCCACUUGCAUGCUUCACCUAGAUAUGAUUUUCGCGGCUGUCUUAUAUAAUGGUCUCAUGGGUUGGAGACAGUGCUGUCUUAUUGCAUAUUCACGGAAGAGUCUGAACAUCUGACGUGACGAUGUCUGGUCAUACCCAACCUGAAGGACCACACCAACUUGAUUCAAAACAUGCUGCAAAUUCAUGCCGAAAGAAUGUACCCGGUACAUCGUUCGUCUCAGAUUUGAGGGAUCACAUCCACGAGUUCAUCAAUGCCUCUGCAGAUGAACACCGGACAUGCUUCACAAAGACUCUCAAAAGGAUGUUCGAUAUGUCAAAGACUGUCACUGAUAGAUCCUCUGAAGCAGAGGAAGCUGGACCCGAAAGUGUCUUGCCACUUCAGACCACAGUGUCGCGGUAGAAGUUUCGCCACUUCAUAUUGCCUCCGUAGAAAUAGGAUAAAGCUAGAAAGCCUCGCCCUCCGCGGAUGGAGAAAUUUGUUAUUUUGUCACUCUCAAUUUUGACUCUAUUAGGUCUAUAACUGGUCGGAUCAUCUGUGUCUAUGAUUUGUGGGUCUGAUUACAUAUUGACAAAGCCCACAGAUAAUAAUAGCAAAAUUAUCAAUCGCUCCCGCUGAGGAGGCCAGUUGCCCAGACUAAUACGUUUGUACAUUGAAUGCAAUAAUUUUAGAUUA